AAAUGGCUUCCAUUGAACUCGAUGAGAUUGCCAAAGUGGCGCCUUCCAAAACAAAGAUGUUUAAUAUGGAAGUUUUGUAGCAAGAAAUUGUGUUUAAUCUCAAUUAAAAUCCACUUUUAUUUAGGCGAAAUGGUGUAUGAAGCUCUUCCAGUCAAAAAGAAAUGGAGUAACAAGCGCUUGUUUGACCAAAACACCAAGAUCUAGCUGAAGUGGGGCAGAAGCUUUAACAAGAAACAAUCAUUCCAGGUUUUAGCAAGUUGAAAGUUGCAUUCAGGAGUAAAAAUGGAAGGAACCAUUGUAGAAAAAAUGAGGAAGAGGCGUCAAGCCAUGGAGGCAACAUAUACAUCAGAUGCUGGAUCAUAUUAUUCUGAUAAUGAUGAGAAACAGCUUAUAAAAAAUAAGCCUUCAAUAGAGGAAGUUACAGAAAUCCAGUCAAUUGAUGGGUCAACCAAUGUUCAGAGUAUUGCCGACGAUAAAGACGACAUGCUUGAAGCAUUGCAGACACGACGGAAACAGAGGCAGAACGAGCUUACUGAGCCGCAGCAAGGCCCCUCGGGAAUGGCGGAUACGACCCAAAGCCGACCUCCACUUCCUCGGUCCUUGCCAGCCCUAAGAGAUAGCAAGGGUGAACCCGCUGAAUCUGGUAAAAGAUUCAUAGAUACAGUCGAAGCUGCCACAUCGCGUGCCUCUGAUCCAACAGGCGGCAAACUGAAUACGUCAAUCAGAGAGAGGCUGCGAAACAGAGUCAGGGGAAUUCAAGCUCGGGCGACGGAAGAAGGGCUACCUGAAAGAAAAUUGCGAGGACUCCGGGAGCUGCCUAUACCAAAUCGCUUUGAAGAUGCGAAGGAAGAAGAAGACGACUAUGAUCCUCAGCUCAAGGCAAGCAUCAAAAGCGCAAGAGAGUGGCGCAAGGUGAAGGCACAACAGAAGAAACGCGAUGGUUUUCCAACGGAAGAGGAAGCAUACAACUUCUUUGUUGGCACAGGAGCGACAAUGGACGAAGAAGAAGAGCCAAAAAGAGAAGAUGCAAAACCUGAAAAAGCACAAGAAGAUGUGGUUAUAGACAUGCUUGAUGGAGCCCUGACACAUUGGACAAAAGUUCCUUAUGUCCCCAAAAGAGAGCAACUAGAAAAAGAGAAUUCUCUAUUUGGGUACCCAAGCGUUCGCCCAGCCCCAAGGGAAGAGAAAAUCCCAAAGGGUUCUGUUCCAAGAUCAAUGGAAAGUGAAGGAUUCUAUGUUGGCACACCCCCCGUUAUUGAGCAAGCAUCCGUUUCUGUAAUGGAGAAUCGCGUUCUUAUGUCGAAGAAAGAGGAUUUCUCUUGCUUCGAUGAAAAUGGCGAUUUAAAACGACUGGCGAACCCGGUACGAAUGAAUCCAUCGAAGUUUGCUUUGAAUGAAGAAAUGCAUACAGCUUUGGAGACCUUUUGGGGAAAGGCUGAAGUCAAGAAUUUUGAUUGCAGAUACAUAAACGGAGUUGCAGCCGGUAAGCGAUAUCAGCUUGAUAUUGACGUUUCUACACUAACAUUUGGGCACCACCCUCUGUUCAGCAAAGAACACGUUCUGGCAACGAGGCUGGAACAGAUGUACAACCAAUACUGCACAAAAAUGCGAAAGGGCAUGGUAGAACACCUCACCAACAAGUUAUCAACUUUGAGAAUUGCCUUGGAGCAGCUGCAAGAGCUUCCUGACAAAAUGAAAAGGGCGAGAAAGAGUAGUAUUUCACAGGAAUUAGAUCGACGAAGAUCAUACUAUAAAAAUGAAAUAAAGCAAACCCGCAGACAAAGAGACGAUGAAGAAUACAGAGACCGAAUGCUUUUAAAGAGCAUCUUCAAGUAUUGGCAAGACGUGAAGAGACUCAGGGAAAUGCAAGCAUAUACAAAUACCUCAUUAGUUCUCAAAGUCAUAAGACAAGCAACGAAUAAAGAUGAAGAAAGGCAAUCGUACUUAAAAGACGUAAACGAAGAACUUCAAGAGCACAGAUAUGAAGAGCAAUACAAAGAUAAAUAUGGCGAAUAUGAGAGACAAAUGUUAGAAUGGAAGAAACAAAUGAAACUGAGGAAACGCAAAGCUCAGAGGCGACUUGAACAAAGCCAAGCGAACCCAGAUCUCGCUGAACUUGGAAAUGAAGAAACCGAACCAUUGCCAAGGCCCGAACCACCCCCUGAUUUUGAUGAAGGCGCUGCAUUGGCAUCCAUUGAAGAGAGGCUGAAGCGUUGCAGAAGGAGGCCAGGUGAGGCAAUUCUUACGCCAGAAUUACAAACAGGUGCCAAUGUCACUCCUACAGAGCAGUGUCCAAGGAACGAACAGCUACGUAGAGCUGAAAUAAAGAAUGCAAAAUAUCACGUGAAGGUGAUGUUUAACGACAAGGAAGUAUCAAGAACAGUCGUCAAGUCUCUGGCAUCAGAUUUUAGGAUACAUUUUGGGGAAAUCUUAAAUGUGCAAGUUUUGCAGUGGCCGGAGAGCAUAAAACUGCAGAUAUUCGACAGUACUGGCUGGGCAAACACUUUGAUUGCUGACCUAUUUGUUCCUAUUCCGGAAGCUUCAAUGGUGUCCGGAACAGUUGAUGUUGAACCGUUUGAGUUCAGUAGCGAUCGCUUUCUCGCUUACAAACAUUCUGCAGUUGGCAGUGGUGUCAACGUCGAUCUAAAUAUUCAACAAGAGGCUGAACAGGAGCCGCCCGUCACAUUAUUAACUUCUGGCAUUCUCUACUCGAAUGUCUCUUGGGGUAUUGAUGACGAUGGCAAACCAAUGGCUCCACCCUCUAGAACCCAUGGGAAAGCUCCCGGACAGAGCCGAAUCAAACACCACGAUGCCCUGUCUGCUCUGGGAGCGGCUGGCGUUAUUGACAUGGAAAUGCUCGUUUCUUGGAUAUCCGAAGCAAACCUGGACCCUAACGAUCCAACUAAUGCUGACAUCAUCAAUCUGGCAAAGGUUAUGAACACGUCCGGCGAUAGUUUGUCUAGGCCUAAAUAUUUCAGACUUAAUCAACUGGAAGGAGAAACGGACUUUGCUACUGAGGAGGAGCUUGAAAACUGCAAACGAUUCAAACUGAUCCAAUUCAGAGAUGAAGGUAUUCCCGAGUUCAAGAAUUUGAAAAUGAUUCCCUCUGAUGACAAGUACAUACCAGACUCUAUGUUUGAGUUGUACGAGAAGAGGCUGAAAGGAGAGGAACAGAUCGAGGCUGAGGGAGAAUUAUCGCAUAGAGCUAGAGUUUCUAAUUUCCUCGCUCAGGCAAGAAAGAACGUCCUGGCACGCUCGCAGAUAGCAAAGAGGCAACUGGAUCUUGCGGAUGUUGUUAUCGAAGAUGAAGUGCCAGAUAUUGGAACUCUUGGUGCUCGCCUCGGUCAGAUUUUUGCUAAACGACAUCCCCUAAAACCAGAACGAAAGGAGCGGAAACGAAUAGGAGGCCAAAAUUUGUCGAGUGUGAAACAAGUGAAGAUUUUCAUCAAUAUUGUGCGGGCAUUUGACGUUCCCAUCAGGGCUGAGUCAUCGCGAAACAUGCGGGCACCGAUGUCAAGUCACAACGUGCCUGGUCCAAGCGACUCAAUGGCCAGCGCACAGCCCAGUAUGUUUUCUGCUGCUGGGCGUGGUCUCCAGGCAAGCUACAGUUCAAGAAUGUCAGCUCAACAGCCUCAUCAACAACAAACUGGCGGUUAUAAUGCUGGUCAAAUGAGAGUUGAGUCUCUGGUACGGCCAUACGUGGAAAUAAUGUUUCAAGGAAAUUUCGUGAGAACAAGCGUUGCUGAUGGACCACUGCCAAACUGGAACGAAGAGCUGGUUAUACCGUUCAGAGCUCCAAACAACGAUUAUUCAACAGAAAAUCUGCAGACUGUUAAAGAAAAUGUGUACAUAAACUUAUUUGAUGAAGUCAUUGUUGACGUGUUGCAGGACGAAAGGCAACGCGGUACCAACAUACAACAAAGGGUGGAAAAAUUUUGGCUUGGAAGCUUAUCAAUUCCAUUUUCAACAAUUUACUUUAACUCUCAGGUAAAAGGGCUGAUGAGGUUGAAUACACCCCCGGUUCUUCUUGGUUACCAGUCAAGCAGAAAUAAGAUAUCGUUUGGUGCUCCUGGGGGGAACCAGGCCAAUUCUUCCAAGUCUGAGACUUAUCUCCAAGUCUUCGCUACUAUUGAGCCACAAUUACAGCCUGCUCAACCCUUGGCUGAAAAGUUUGAGACAAAUGAAAGUGAGACAUUGGUUCACAACGCUCAAAUAUGGUUGUCCAGUGUGAGAGCAGGCCAUUCACAUCGGGAGUACAAGACAAUGGUAUCUGACCUGAACGGCAAAAAAGUCUUUAUCACCAGAUAUAUCAAAGCCCAGAAACCUCCGGAUGGGCUUAUCUCCGAUACAAAUCUUCCCGCAAAAUCAAUUAUGCGAAUACUGGCAAGAUAUGUUUCCCUUAUUCCUUACAUCCCAGAUUCAGUCCAGUUCCCUGAUUUAUGUGACAUCUGGACCACUUCAGAGCAAUUUCUGAGCAUGCUUGCAGGCGAUGAAGAAGAGCAUGCUGUUUUGUUGUGCAACUUUUUUCUCUCUAUGGGCAAAAAGGCCUGGGUUGUUCUUGGAAAUGGCAUUCCUGAAGGCUCGACAGCGUACGUACUGUCUCUUGAAGGCAUGGCCUACCAACUUUGGAAUGCAAGCACGGGGGAAUGUUACGAGAUUAAUGACGUUCGGUGUCCUCUUCAUAGCAUUGGUUGCUUGAUAGACGAUUCAAAUGUACUUGCUAAUGUUCAGAAAGAAGAUCACCCGUCAAAACUUGAUAUGAAUUUGGCAAAUGUGAAAGCAUGGCGACCUUUUUUCAGUAGAGCUUACCCCAAUCCUGGUCUCUUCAGUGUACAGAUGGAGACUCCAAACUACCACGAAACAGACGUACAAUAUUUUACCAAUUUGCAAGACAAGCUUGAACGGUUAUUGAAAGACAAACUGAUGGAGUGGAGGCCAAGGUUUGUCACAAGAUGGAACAGAUACUGCACUCAAGCAUUCCGCAAUCUCUUAACUAACAUUGAACAAAAAUUUGCAAUGGGUCAAACAAUUGAAGACCAUCGUUCAGAGCUUGACCAGGUCAUUUCGUCAUACAAGCUUACCGGGUUCCCAUUACAAAUGCAGUACACAGACACACAACCGGUCCUAGACGCAGUUUACAGUACCGGAGUGCAUAAUUGCGAAGAUCCGGAUGUUGAGUUUGCCUUGGCGGUUUAUAUACAUGCCUAUCCAAAUAGUGUUGUUGCUGUCUGGGUUUACGUAGGCAGACUCGUCAAGAAGCUUAUCUACUGAUACAGAGGAUCUACUGUUCGUUAUGUUAUCAGUCAAGCAGUUAUGUACCUCUACAGAAAAGAAAAUAGGCAGGAGGGAAGCACUGUUUUGUUAACCUCGUGUCAGGGAAGAAGCAAUUGGCUUUAACAAACGAUGUAAUUGUUACUGGUCAGCUGUAAUCUGUGAGAAAAAACAUCCAUCUGCUAUUAUCAUGAUAACUUUGCCUUAAACAUGCCUUCUUGCCGGUGACAGAUUUAGUAAGCCACAUUCGCGCAAGCGCUUCUAACUCUUAUGAAUGUAGCUCCUUUUCUGCUUCUUUCCGAUUCUGAGGUACCUCCCUGAGGUUCCAACUUCAACUGAAAUACACCAAAAGUAAAUUAACUCUACAUUCUUUGCAAAAUACCAAUCUCAAUGUAUUUGUCAUAAUUAUGAUCUCACAACUCUCCAGAUAUCAAACGCUGUUAUCCUUUAUCCAUUGAAAGAAGCCAGGCAGUUUUAUCUUCUUAAAUCGACUACCACUGUAUGUGUUCAACUGACCUGAUCAAUACAACAAUCUAUUGAUUAGGUCAGUUGAACUGAGGACUAGCUGAUUUUGUAAGUCGUCCAUAUAUUUGGCACUGUUACUGCCCCAUUCCCGCACUGCCGCCAUAUCUUUGUUGCAGAAUUUUUCUGGUUAAAUAUCAAAAUUCGUUAAAAGUAUCACAGAAAAAGUUACAGGGCGAUUUUUUGUGUUCUCUGAUGUUGAACUGUAUACUUUAAAGAUGUAUGUAUGUAUUUUCAGAUGAUCAAUAUGACUUUAUUUAUUUUAGAAUCAACGCAAAGAAUUUAUUGCAA